AUGAUCGGUCGCCCCCGGAUUUUUUCCGGCCCCAGAGAAAUCGCGGCUUGGCUAAUAGUAUUGGAAACCAUGGCUAAGGUGUGGGACGUUCUCGGGGUGGCGGCGUGUGGCUGGGGUGUUUACCAGUGCUUUUUCGCUCUCCCGCUUCCCGAUCAUUUGAAGAACGGCGGCAACUUCCAAUUCCUCACCAACUGCGGCGUGUUUGUGCUGUUACUAUACGCGGUGUAUAACCUCUUGGGAUUGCCCCGGCUGAGGAAGUUUCACGCUUUGGUGGUAGCACUCGAGUUUGAGAUCACUGUUGCCUACUGGUACUUCAUAUUUUUCAGUCCUGGACUGAUCAAUACCGAUAGUUAUACCGUUAGACUCAUCGACGAUUUGCUGUUCCAUUUGUUCCCAUACAUCUAUAUAUUGGGCAAACGGGUGCCGUCGGUGUCAUUCAAACAGUUUGCGGCAAUUGCUGCGGCUGGUUUCUUUGGCUACUGGGCCUACGUCGAGUACUUAGUGGCGUAUUGUGAUGCGAUCUACCCGUACCCAUUUUUGCGGGGUCAACCGCUAGUGGAUCGAGCCAAACACUUUGCCAUUUUCUAUGUUGUCGGCUUAAUUCAAUGGGUGGUGGAAACACUUAAAUCUCCUGCCGCUACCAAAGUCAAACAAUCUUGA